AUGACAGUGGGGAAAAAGAACAAACGCGAUGAUAUUUCAGCUGUAGAUUCUUUUGACGAGGUAGUAAUUGGUCUGCAUCAGGCCGAGUCAGCUGUACUGAUGCUAAAAAGUCCUGAAGAUGAUGUUAAAACCCGAACUUGUGAAGCACUGUACAAGUUUGCAAACAAAAGUGAUGAUAACAAAAAAGCACUGAUAUCACUAAAUACUCUAAAUUAUCUUCAGCCCUUAAUAAGGGAUGAAAACAAGGUAGUCAAGAGAAAUGCAGUGCUUGUUUAUGGCAUUUUAUCGUCACUUCCUUCGGCAAGAUCCAUUAUUAGAAGCCUCCCAAACAUCGUUACUGAUCUUCUCAGGCUUUUGGACCCAGAAGAAUUCGAAACAACAAGAGAGUUCGCUGCAAUGACAUUGUCGCAUUUAUGUUCGGAAUAUGCUGGCAUAUAUGACCUUAUAGAACACAAAUGCUUUCCUGUUAUUAUACCUUGUUUAAAAUCACCUGACCCAGAUGUGCAGAAAAAUUCUUUGGACAUAAUAAAUAUGUUACUGCAGGACUUUGAAGCACGCCCAAUGCUGAAAGCUGCUGAAGGUCUGGAGACUCUAAUUGAGUUGUUGGUAUCAGAGUAUCCAGUUAUUCAAGAUUUGGUGCUGAAAAUAUUUGCUAGAGCAACACAAGACAGUUACAUAAGAACAGCCUUGAGAGACAUGAAUGCACUGGAUGUAUUCGUCGACAUUAUUGGCGUUCCAGAAUUUAACGAUAUUCAUGUUUCCGCUCUACAUGUCAUUGCCAAUUUACUAGAUGAUAUUGAAUGCGUAAAGCAUUUAGUUAGUCAAGGAAGUCUUCAAAAAUUAUUGCAUUUUAUCACUGAUCGUCAAGUUUAUAAUGAAAAUGAUAUCAAAGUUAAUUCUACAAAUCAACAACAAAAUAAAGAUAAAAAUGCUAAAGCAAGGAAACCUAGUCCUAAGAAAGGUGAUAAGAAAAAAAGCAGUAAAGGAGAAGUUGAUGGAAAAAAAGAUGAAGAGAAACCACCUUCGAAUACUUUACCAGAAGCAAAAAUUCACACAUGUAACACGAUUAUGCGAGCUGGUUGUAAAGAAGAAACAAGAAAAAUCUUACAUGAUGCAGACGUGGAGAGAAUGCUAGUAUCAUUAUUAUCUCAUGAAGAUGAAGGUGUACGAGCUGCAUCAGCACAGGCUAUUGCUACACUGGCAGAAAGUGCAGUAUGUCAAGAUAGAAUAGCUGAAUUAGGUGGACCGGAAUUACUCAUACGUAUGACGCGGAGCGAUCAUCGCGAACUUAAAUCAGCUGGAGCUACGGCAUUGGCUGCUUUGACUACAGGAAAUGGAUCGAUUUGUCGGGAGGUUGCAAGUCGAAAUUCAGGGCUUGAAGCAUUGCUUAGUUGUCUACAUAUAAGUGAUCCUGAAGUUGAUUUAAUUACAGUAGGUGGAUUAAUGGCACUAACGAAUUUGGCGGUUGAAGAAACGACUCGACCAAAAGUGUUACAUGCGAUAACUGCUAAACUAUUUAUACCAACUUUAAAUUCAAGCUCACUAUUGACUCAAUCUAAAGCCUCACUAGCAGUGGCUUCACUAAUUUCUGAACCACAUACUAUCCAACAAUUUAUUCAACUGGGAGGUUUGUCGAGCUUGCUCAAUUUAAUUCAGUCAACCAAUAAUGAUGUGCGUCGUGCAGCGUGUUGGGCUAUCGCUUCAUUGUCUGCGGACCACACAGUUGCUGUGACAAUAUCACAGUUAAAUCUCUGGCUUUUGUUACCAGAUUUACAUAUCUCUGCGGCGUCAAAUUGUCCUCGAGUUAACUUAAUGGAGUUGCUUGUGUACGACGUUCAUCCUCACAUUGCAUUGCUGCGUGAAAUAUGUGGUGAAACCAAUGAAGAAUUCGUUUUUGAUGACUCAGAUGACGAAAGCUACUUAAAAAGUCUUGAUCCUAAGAACUGGAAAGACCAGGAUCAUUAUUCUGUCUUGGGACUUGGAAAGAAACGCUUUCUGGCUUCCCCCGAUGAUAUCAGAAAAGCAUAUCGUAGAAAAAUUCUAGAUCACCACCCUGACAAACGUCGUUCCAGAGGGGAGUGUGUUCAAGAUGAAAAACUCGAUUACUUUUCAUGCAUAACCAUAGCAUACGAAAUACUUGGAAAUCCCACCAAACGUCUUGCCUAUGAUAGUGUGGAUCCAGUCGUGGUAGAUGAUUCGGUUCCUUCUAUUAGUGAAAUCAAGUCCAACUUCUUCACUUCACUGGGAAACUUUUUCCAUCGUAAAUCUAGGUGGUCUAAAAAGCAGCCUACUCCGUACCUUGGUAACAACCAUACUGAUAUAGAGGAAGUCCUUAAGUUUUACGACUUUUGGGAAGAAUAUGACACCUGUCGUGAUUACUCAUAUUUAGAUGAAGAGGAUAAGGAAAAAGGUGAAGAUCGAGAAACAAGACGUGCAAUAGAACGACAAAAUCGUAAUGAACGGGCACGUCGAAGGAAUGAAGAAGUAAGAAAUGUUCGAAAUAUAGUUCUUCUUGCCAAAGAAAAUGAUCCACGAAUUCUAGCUGCAAACAAGGCUGCUCGUGAUGCUAAGGAAGCUAAACGUCAGGCUCGUUUAAUGGCUGCGCAGAAACGACGUGAAUUAGAGGAAGAGCAAAAAAAACGUGAAGCGGAAGCUACUGCGCUUGCACGUGCUGCUAGUGAAGAGCGUCGCAGGUUGGAAGCUGAACGUGUUCGCAAAGAACGUGAGUUAAGUCGCAACGAGGCUAAACGUGAAAGGCGUCAAUUGCGGAGCAUCCUUGUUGAGCGGUUUAAUUAUUUCCUAGUUGAUAAAGAAACCGAUACAUCUGAAUCAGGAUCUCAUCAAGUAAAAAUUUUAGCCGAUAUGGAUUUGUUAUGUCAGCGUUUGUCGAAUGCUCAGUUGCAUGAAUUAAAUGAACAUUUAGAGCAGGCUGAUACCUCUAAUCAAGCGCAUUGUAUUUUCUCAUCCAAGGUAGAAUCAGUUAAACGUGAGCUACAAGUAAAUAAUAUUCAGUCACAAACUAAACUGAAAUCUGAAGAGAAUUCUCCUACAGAAAGACAAACUAGUGCUUCUAAGUGGACGGCUGAAAUGAUUCAGGUUUUGGUUAAAGCAGUCAAUAUUCUUCCAGCUGGAACACCCAAACGUUGGGAAGCGAUUGCUGUCUAUGUAAAUCAACACAUCGAUGGUACCGCUGUAUCUAGUAAGGAUGUUUUGAGGCAAGCAAAACUGUUAAAAGAGGAAGAUUCCAAUUUGCGCAAGACAGCUAAUACUAAAGCGUUUGAUUCGUUCAGUAAUUCUGUUAAAGAAACUAAUGCUAUCAAAAAUGUGACAAUCACAACUCAAUUAGAAGCCGAAGGAUCUCGCCCUUGGACAGUUGUUGAACAACGUGCCUUAGAACAAGCCCUUAAGACUUAUCCAAGUAACACUGGAGAUUCUGGCUCAGAUGAUCGUUGGCAGCUUAUUGCAAAUGUUGUCGGUACUCGUACUCGACGUGAAUGCAUAAUACGGUGUAAAGAGUUAGCUGAACAGGUUCGUGCUAAGAAAGCUGCUUUGUCUGCGGUCAAGAAAUCGUAA